UGUAUGGUAUCAUUCUCACCAUCACUUUACAUCCUACUCCGAGAUGAUUCAGUUCUUCCACAGGGAUGUGGUCUUCAGGGCAUAAUACAUUGCACAGUCAUGAGUCAUAAGAACCUUUGCAGAACAGGCCAGACACACUAUAAAUUCACCCUAUCCUUCAUGUGAACUGCAGAAACCUUGGAGACACCCAGAGCUGCUGUGUUUCUCUCUGCAGAAAACAAGAACAAUGGAAGCUCUGCAUAAGGCAAACACAAGCUUUGCUCUUGACUUUUUCAAACAUGAGUGUCAGAAUGAUGGUGACAAGAAUAUUCUGUUCUCCCCUUUGAGUAUUUCAUCUGCCCUGGCUACUGUUUAUUUAGGAGCCAAAGGUAACACUGCAGAUCAGAUGGCAAAGGUACUUCAUUUUAACAAAGCUGAAGGAGCCAGAAAUGUCACCACAACCAUAAGAAUGCAAGUCUAUUCCAGAACGGAAGAGCGUCUAUCAAACCGAUAUGCUUGUUUCCAGAAGACAGAAGUUGGCAAAUCAGAUAAUAUCCACACUGGGUUUAAAGCACUCAACUUUGAAAUCAACCAACCCACUAAAAAUUACCAGCUUAAAAGUGUCAACCAGUUAUAUGGAGAAAAAUCAUUGCCUUUCAGUAAGGAAUAUUUACAGUUAGCCAAGAAACAUUACAAUGCAGAGCCACAAUCAGUUGACUUUGUGGGAGCAGCAGAUGAAAUCAGAAGAGAGAUCAAUUCCAAGGUUGAACACCAGACUGAAGGUAAAAUCCAAAAUCUGCUGCCUCCUGCUUCAGUAGAUUCACUCACCAGGCUAGUCCUGAUAAAUGCACUGUACUUCAAAGGAAACUGGGCAACCAAGUUUGAGGCUGAAGCUACCAGACAAAGACCUUUCAGACUAAACAUGCAUACAACAAAACCAGUGCCCAUGAUGUACCUGAGUGAUAAAUUCAACUGUACCUACGUAGAAUCAGCCCAGACUGAUAUUCUUGAGCUUCCAUACGUCAAUAAUGAUCUCAGCAUGUUUAUCCUGCUACCAAGUGACAUCACUGGCCUACAAAAGCUAGAAAGAGAAUUGACUUUUGAGAACUUGUCUGCAUGGACCAGCCCAGAACUAAUGGAGAAAAUGAAAAUGGAGGUUUAUCUGCCCAGGUUCACUUUAGAAGAGAAAUACGACCUCAAAUCUACUUUGAGCAUGAUGGGGAUGCAAGAUGCCUUCAUUGAAGGUCAAGCUGAUUUCACAGGAAUGUCAGAGAAGGGUGAUCUGGUUUUGUCACAAGUUUUUCACAAGUGUUACCUGGAAGUCAAUGAAGAAGGCACAGAGGCAGCAGCUGCCAGUUCAGCAGCACUGGCAUCACGAAGUCUUGGUGCUACUAUUAUUUUUGUGGCAGAUCAUCCUUUCCUCUUCUUUAUCAGACACAACAAAACCAAGAGCAUCCUCUUCUUGGGAAGAUUCUGUUCCCCCGAGUAAACAGGAUCUUGCGACAACAACAAUGAACAAAAUACGCACCACAAAUUGCAUCUCCGUAGUCUGUGAACUUAUAGAUUUUUUUCUGUACUGUUGACAAAUCUCUCAAUGUUAGUGGAGAGCACAUUUUAUAAAUAACCUGGAAUUCAUGCCUCUGGCUUGUUUUCCUGGCCAAAGAACCUGAAAAUGGUAGUACUACACUAUAAGCACCAAACUGUACACAGAACAAGAUCGAUGCAUCUUUUCAGCACUUUCUGAACCAGAGCUGCCACAGUGCAGAACAAAGUUGAUCUGAACAAGCAAUUCCCAACACACUUGCUUUGAUACAUAAGAAGAAAAGACAUAGGAAAAUCUUCCUGCAGAACACUGCUGCAUCUCCAUUGGUUUCAGCUCACUAAGCCUACCUCACCCACACUCUUGUCAGUUUUUUGCCAACUUUGCAGCCUGGCACAGCUGGUAAUGAAAUAAACCUGCAAAAUCCUCUAUGAUCCUGAUACUAGGAUUUCUUUCUUGCAUGCAAAGGAGCUAACACAUAUACUUUCUAAUCUCCGUACCACAGUGGUUGGAAAAUACUGAACAACAUUAUAGAAUUGAAGGAAAAUAAAACACAAGUGCCCUGAAACCUUCUCCUUUGUAACCUUUCCUGCAUUCAACACUGUUGCCAGUUCAACACUGCACUGCUUUACACUCAUUUUGCUUUGCAGCUUAUUUCACUGGCUUGAGGCAAGAUCAAAUUGGAGAAUCGGUAACUCCCUAAGUGU